UGCAGACCUACUUUUUAGUCUACUUUUACUGGUCGAGAAGGAAUAUCAUUUCGGGAAUAAAAAUGCACAGUAGUAGUUACAGCUACCAUAGUAGUGAUUCUGUGUUUAGUAACACUACUAGCACUCGAACCAGCCUUGAUUCAAAUGAAAAUUUUCUCUCGGUUCAUUGCGGGCCAACAUUGAUCAACUCCUGCAUUAGCUUCGGCAAUGAAUCCGUGGAUGGACACAGGUUGGAAAUGUUACAGCAGAUUGCCCACCGAGUUCAAAGGGACAGUGUUAUCUGUGGAGACAAACUGAUACUUGCUCGAAAUGCUCUUCAGGCUGAUUCUAAAAGAUUAGAAUCGGGGGUGCAGUUUCAGAAUGAAGCAGAAAUUGCCGGCUAUAUACUUGAAUGUGAGAACCUCUUACGCCAGCAUGUAAUCGAUGUGCAGAUACUGGUUGAUGGAAAAUACUACCAUGCAGAUCAGUUGGUGCAGAGGGUCGCAAAACUGCGCGAUGACAUUAUGGCCUUAAGGAAUGAAUGUUCCUCAGUGUACAGCAAAGGACGCAUGCUGACGACAGAACAGACGAAGCUCAUGAUAUCAGGAAUCACUCAAAGUUUAAACUCAGGAUUUGCACAGACCUUAAACCCCAGUCUGAACUCAGGGCUGACCCAGAGUUUAACGCCUUCCCUGACCCCUUCUAGUGUGAAAUCUGGCCUGUCAUCAGGUCUGACUUCCCGCCUGACUCCAUCCCUCACUCCAGUUUAUACACCUGGUUUCCCAACAGGAUUAGUUCCAAAUUUCAAUUCAGGAGUAGAGACAAAUGCAUUGCAAACCCUGAAGUUGAUGCAGAUCCGAAAGCCCCUUCUAAAGUCUUCUUUGUUGGAUCAGAACUUAACAGAAGAGGAAAUCAACAUGAAAUUUGUUCAGGAUCUUUUGAAUUGGGUUGAUGAGAUGCAGGGGCAGCUGGACCGCACUGAAUGGGGAUCAGAUUUGCCAAGCGUUGAAAGCCAUUUAGAAAAUCAUAAAAAUGUUCACCGAGCUAUUGAAGAAUUUGAAUGUAGCCUUAAAGAAGCUAAGAUCAGUGAGAUCCAAAUGACGGCGCCUCUUAAGCUAACUUACGCAGAAAAGUUGCACAGGUUAGAGAGUCUGUAUGCAAAACUGUUGAACACAUCCAGGAAUCAGGAACGGCACCUUGAUACCCUCCAUAAUUUUAUAACUCGUGCCACGAAUGAACUUAUUUGGUUGAAUGAAAAAGAAGAAGAGGAAGUUGCUUAUGACUGGAGUGAAAGAAAUACCCACAUAUCCCGGAAAAAAGAUUACCAUGCUGAAUUAAUGAGAGAACUGGAACAAAAGGAAGAAAAUAUUAAGUCAGUUCAGGAGAUAGCAGAGCAGCUACUUCUGGAAAACCACCCAGCCCGAUUAACUAUUGAGGCCUACCGAGCGGCAAUGCAGACACAGUGGAGCUGGGUCUUGCAGCUCUGCCAGUGUGUGGAGCAGCACAUAAAGGAGAACACGGCCUAUUUCGAGUUUUUCAACGACGCCAAAGAAGCCGCUGAUUACUUGAGGAAUCUGAAAGAUGCCAUUCAGCGGAAGUACAGCUGUGAUAGAUCCAGCAGCAUUCACAAGCUGGAAGACCUUGUUCAGGAAUCAAUGGAGGAGAAAGAAGAGCUCUUGCAGUACAAAAGCACAGUGGCAAGCCUGGUGGGGAGAGCAAAAGCCAUAAUUCAGCUGAAGCCAAGGAAUCCCGACUGUCCACUCAAAACAUCUAUUCCAAUCAAAGCCAUCUGUGACUACAGACAGAUUGAGAUAACCAUUUACAAAGACGACGAAUGUGUUCUGGCGAACAACUCUCAUCGCGCUAAAUGGAAGGUCAUCAGCCCCACAGGCAAUGAGGCCAUGGUCCCCUCUGUGUGCUUCUCAGUCCCUCCACCAAACAAAGAAGCGGUUGACUUUGCAAACAGAAUUGAACAACAGUACCAGAAUGUCCUAACUCUUUGGCAUGAGACUCACAUAAACAUGAAGAGUGUAGUAUCCUGGCACUAUCUCAUCAACGAAAUUGAUAAAAUUCGAGCUAGCAAUGUGGCUUCAAUAAAGACAAUGUUACCUGGUGAACAUCAGCAAGUACUGAGUAAUCUACAGUCUCGUUUUGAAGAUUUUCUGGAAGAUAGCCAGGAAUCCCAGAUAUUUUCGGGCCCAGAUAUCACACAGCUGGAAAAGGAGGUUAAUGUGUGUAAGCAGUAUUACCAAGAACUUCUGAAAUCUGCAGAAAGAGAGGAGCAAGAGGAAUCAGUUUAUAAUCUCUACAUCUCUGAAGUGAGAAACAUUAGAUUGCGGUUAGAGAACUGUGAAGAUCGGUUGAUCAGACAGAUCCGAACUCCACUGGAAAGAGACGAUUUGCAUGAAAGUGUGUUCAAAAUCACAGAGCAGGAGAAACUAAAGAAAGAGCUGGAGCGUCUUAAAGAUGAUCUGGGAACAAUCACAAAUAAAUGUGAAGACUUUUUCAGUCAGGCAGCAGCCUCUCCAUCAGUCCCCACCUUACGCUCGGAGCUCAGUGUGGUCCUUCAGAACAUGAACCAAGUCUACUCUAUGUCUUCCAUCUACAUAGAGAAGUUGAAAACUGUUAAUUUGGUGUUAAAAUACACUCAAGCUGCAGAAGCCCUUGUAAAACUCUAUGAAAUGAAACUGUGUGAAGAAGAAGCAGUGACAGCAGACAAGAAUAAUAUUGAGAAUCUAAUAAGUACUUUAAAGCAAUGGCGGGCUGAAGUAGAUGAAAAGAGAGAGGUAUUCCACUCAUUGGAGGAUGAGUUGCAGAAGGCUAAAGCCAUCAGUGAUGAAAUGUUUAAGACAUACAAAGAACGGGACCUUGAUUUUGACUGGCACAAAGAAAAGGCUGAUCAGUUAGCCGAAAGGUGGCAAAAUGUUCAUGUUCAGAUUGACAACAGGUUACGGGACUUAGAAGGCAUUGGCAAAUCGCUGAAGUACUACAGAGAUACCUAUCACCCGUUAGAUGACUGGAUCCAACAAGUUGAAAUUACUCAGAAAAAGAUUCAGGAAAAUCAGCCUGAAAAUAGUAAAACCCUAGCCACACAGCUGAAUCAACAGAAGAUGCUGGUGUCAGAAAUAGAAAUGAAACAGAGCAAAAUGGAUGAAUGUCAAAAAUAUGCAGAACAGUACUCAAUUGCAGUGAAGGACUACGAAUUACAAACAAUGACCUACCGGGCCAUGGUAGAUUCACAACAAAAGUCUCCAGUGAAACGCCGGAGAAUGCAGAGCUCCGCAGAUCUCAUCAUCCAAGAGUUCAUGGACCUACGAACACGAUAUACUGCUCUGCUCACGCUCAUGACACAAUAUAUUAAAUUUGCUGGUGAUUCAUUGAAGAGGCUGGAAGAGGAAGAGAAGUCACUGGAAGAAGAAAAAAAAGAGCAUGUUGAAAAAGCCAAAGAAUUACAAAAAUGGGUGUCAAAUAUCAGCAAGAUGUUGAAAGAUGGAGAGAAGGCUGGGAAGUCUCCCUUCUCUAAGCAAAAGAUUUCCAGUGAAGAAAUAUUAACCAAGAAGGAACAAUUAUCAGAGGCACUUCAAACCAUGCAGAUAUUUUUGGCUAAACAUGGAGACAAAUUGACAGAUGAAGAAAGAAAUGAACUGGAAAAACAAAUGAAAACUCUCCAAGAAAGUUAUAAUUUAUUCUUUAGUGACUCUCUGAAACAACUACAAGAACCACAAACCACCGGAGAUGUAAAGGUAGAGGAGAAGAUCGUGGCAGAGCGCCAGCAGGAGUACAAAGAGAAACUCCAAGGAAUAUGUGAUCUCCUUACUCAGACUGAAAACCGCCUGAUUGGGCACCAGGAAGCCUUCGUGAUUGGCGAUGGCACAGUUGAGUUAAAGAAGUACCAGUCCAAGCAAGAGGAAUUACAGAAAGAUAUGCAAGGGAGUGCACAGGCAUUGAAAUAAAUAGUGAAAAACACAGAGAACUUCCUGAAAGAGAAUGGUGAAAAGCUGUCACGGGAAGAUCAGGCUUUGAUUGAAGAGAAACUUAAGGAAGCUAAGAUAAAGUGUGAACAACUCAAUUUAAAGGCGGAGCAGUCGAAAAAGGAGCUGGAGAAAGCUGUGACAACAGCAAUCAAGGAAGAGAGAUGCAGUGUCCUUGGGAAUAAUCUUAAAGACCUGGUGGAUAAGUAUCAACACUAUGAAGAUGCUUCAUCUGGACUUCUUUCUGAGCUCCAGGCCUUCGAGGUCACAGCCAGCAAACACUUGUCUGAACCCAUUGCUGUGGACCCUAAAAAUCUGCAAAGGCAGUUAGAAGAGACCAAGGCUCUGCAAGGACAGAUAUCAAGUCAGCAGGUGGCUGUAGAGAAACUGAAGAAAACAGCCGAAGUGCUUUUAGAUGCCAGGGGAUCUCUACUUCCAGCCAAGAAUGAUAUCCAGAAGACACUGGAUGACAUUGUGGGGAGAUACGACGAUCUGUCCAAGUGUGUGAAUGAACGAAAUGAAAAGCUCCAGAUAACCCUGACCCGCUCGCUGAGUGUGCAGGACGGCCUGGACGAGAUGCUGGACUGGAUGGCAGGUGUGGAGAGUUCUCUGCAGGAACCAGGCCAGGUGCCCUUGAACUCUGCUGCUCUUCAGGAUGUCAUCACCAAGCACAUUAUGUUGGAACAGGACAUCGCGAGUCGCCAGAGCAGCAUCAAUGCCAUGAACGAGAAAGUGAAGAAAUUUAUGGAAACUACAGACCCGUCCACCGCGUCCUCGCUGCAAGCCAAAAUGAAGGACCUGUCUGUUCGGUUUUCAGAAGCAAGUCAUAAACACAAAGAGAAACUGGCCAGCAUGGAGGAGCUGAAAACCAAAGUAGAACGGUUUGAGAGCCUCUCAGAAAAGCUUCAGACAUUUUUAGAGGCAAAAACUCGGGCUCUCACAGAGGCAGAUGUGCCAGGAAAAGACGUUACAGAACUGUCUCAGUCUAUGCAGGAAUCGACUUCUGAAUUCUUAGAACACAAAAAAGAUCUUGAAGUUUUGCAGAGUCUCUUAAAGGAGAUAUCCAACCAUGGCUUACCGAGUGAUAAGGCCCUGGUGUUUGAAAAAACAAACAACUUGUCAAAGAAAUUUAAAGAAAUGGAGGAUACCAUCAAAGAAAAAAAAGAAGCUGUGUCUUCUUGUCAAGAACAGAUGGACGCCUUCCAGGUCCUUGUUAAAUCAUUAAAGUCCUGGAUCAAAGAAACAACAGAAAGAGUUCCCAUCGUGCAGCCUUCCUUCGGUGCAGAGGAUUUAGAAAAAUCGUUGGAAGAAACUAAGAAAUUACAAGAGAAGUGGAGUUUGAAAACACCAGAGAUUCAGAAAGUAAACGACAGUGGGAUUUCACUAUGUAACCUAAUAAGUGCCGUGACUACUCCUGCAAAGGCAAUAGCAGCAGUUAAAUCAGGUGGAGUAAUAUUAAAUGGUGAAGGGACAGCCACAGAUACUCAGGAAAUUUUGGCAAAUAAAGGAUUAACAUCUAUUAAAAAAGACAUGACUGACAUAAGCCACAGUUAUGAAGAUCUUGGCCUCUUACUUAAGGACAAAAUAGCCGAACUGAGUACUAAACUCACCAAAUUGCAGAAGGCUCAGGAAGAAUCAAGUGCAAUGAUGCAGUGGUUGCAGAAGAUGAACAAAACUGCAGCAAAAUGGCACCAGGCGCCUACACCUACAGAUACCGAAGCUGUGAAGACCCAAGUUGAGCAGAAUAAGUCAUUUGAGGCAGAACUGAAACAAAAUGUAAACAAAGUGCAGGAGCUGAAAGACAAGCUGACAGAGCUGUUGGAGGAGAACCCAGACACUCCUGAGGCCCCCAAAUGGAAACAGAUGUUGACAGAAAUAGAUUCCAAGUGGCAAGAACUCAAUCAAUUGACAGUUGAUAGACAACAAAAACUAGAAGAAUCCUCUAAUAAUCUAACUCAGUUCCAGACCGGAGAGGCUCAGCUAAAACAGUGGCUUGUGGAAAAAGAACUGAUGGUCAGUGUUCUUGGGCCCUUGUCCAUUGACCCAAAUAUGCUAAACACACAAAGGCAGCAGGUGCAGAUUCUGCUGCAAGAAUUUGAUACCCGGAAACCUCAGUAUGAGCAGCUCACGGCAGCGGGCCAGGGCAUUCUGAGCCGCCCUGGUGAACACCCUGCUUUCCAUGGGGUUGUGAGAGAGCAGCUAGCAGCUGUGACCCAGAAAUGGGACAGCCUCACAGGACAGUUGAGUGACAGAUGUGACUGGAUCGACCAAGCCAUUGUCAAAAGCACACAGUACCAAAGCCUGCUGAGAGGCCUUUCUGAUAAACUGGGCGACUUGGACCACACGCUCAGCAGCAGUGUGGCUGUGAGCACACACCCUGAUGCUAUGAGCCAGCAGUUGGAGACAGCCCAGAAAAUGAAGCAGGAAAUAGAGCAGGAGGCGAAGCAGAUACAAGUGGCCCAGGCCCUCUGUGAGGAGUUGUCAGCCCUGGUUAAAGAGGAGUACCUGAAAGCAGAACUCAGUAGGCAGCUAGACGGCAUCGUAAAGUCAUUCAAGGAUAUUGAACAAAGAGCAGAGAAUCAUGUCCAGCACCUUCAGUUGGCCUGUGCCAGCUCUCAUCAGUUUCAGCAGAUGUCUAGAGAUUUUCAGGCUUGGCUGGAUACAAAGAAGGCAGAACUACACAAGUCUCACCCAAUAUCAGCUAAACUCGAUGUCUUGGAGUCCUUAAUGAAAGAUCAGCAAGACUUCAAUAAAACAUUGACUACUCAGUCUAGUAUUUAUGAAAAAACCAUUGCAGAAGGUGAAAACCUGUUGUUAGAAACACAAGGGUCUGAGAAGGCAGCCUUACAGUUACAACUUAACACAAUUAAAACCAAUUGGGAUGGAUUGAAUAAGCAGGUGAAAGAAAGAGAAGACAAGGUAAAAGAUUGCUUGGGGAAAGCCCUCAAGUAUAAAGAACACGUGGAGACUCUCCGGCCAUGGAUAGAUAAAUGUCAGCAUAGCCUGGAGGAGAUACAAUUUUACCUGGAUCCUGCUGACACAGAGAAUUCUAUGGCCAAGUUAAAGUCUCUGCAGAAGGACAUGGACCAGCACUUCGGGAUGGUGGAAUUGCUGAACAACGCAGCUAACAGCUUGCUCAGUGUCUGUGAGACCGAUAAAGAGGUGGUUACAGAAGAGAAUAAAUCACUGAACCAGAAGGUAGACAUGGUCACUGAACAACUUCACACUAAGAAAUUCUCUCUGGAGAACAUGGCCCAGAAGUUUAAAGAAUUUCAAGAAGUGUCCAAAGAAGCUAAAAGGCAGCUUCAGUAUGCAAAGGAACAGCUAGAGGCCCAUGAGUCUCUAGGACCCCAGGCUUACAGUAGCAAAUACCUGACCAUGUUGCAGACUCAGCAGAAAUCACUUCAGACCUUAAAGCAACAGGUAGAUUUGGCCAAAGGCCUUGCACAGGACCUGGUGGCGGAAGCCUCAGACUCAAAGGGAGCCUCUGAUGUUUUAUUACAAGCAGAAACCUUAGCUCAAGAGCAUAAUGUCCUAAGUCAGCAGGUUGAUGAGAAGUGUUCAUUCUUAGAAACCAAGCUUCAGGGUAUUGGACAUUUCCAGAAUACCAUCCGGGAAAUGUUUUCUCAGUUUGCAGAGUUUGAUGAUGAACUGGACAGCAUGGCCCCAGUGGGGAGAGAUGUAGAGACAUUACAAAAGCAGAAGGAGGCCAUUACGGCCUUCCGGAAGAAACUAGAAGCCCUCAUAGCUAGCAACGACAAUGCCAACAAAACCUGCAAGCUGAUGCUGGCCACGGAAGAAACCUCUCCUGAUCUUGUGGGGAUCAAAAGGGACUUGGAGGCUCUCAGCAAACAGUGCAACAAGUUGCUGGACCGAGCACAAGCCAGAGAGGAGCAGGUGGACGGGACAAUUGAGCGUCUCGGCGAUUUCUACAGCAAAUGGAAGGAAUUUUCCACUCUGCUUCAGAAGGCCGAAGAACUGGAGGAGUCUCAAGGCCCCGUUGCUAUGGAAACAGAGACCAUCAACCAGCAGCUUAAUGUGUUCAAGGUAUUCCAAAAAGAAGAGAUUGAACCCUUGCAGGUUAAACAGCAAGAUGUAAACUGGUUGGGCCAGGGCCUAAUUCAGAGUGCUGCUAACAGCACCAGCACCCAAGGUUUGGAGCAGGACCUGGACGAUGUCAAUGCCAGGUGGAAGACUCUCAAUAAAAAGGUGGCCCAGCGAGCAGCCCAGCUGCAGGAGGCCCUGCUGCACUGCGGGAGGUUCCAGGAUGCCUUGGAGUCCCUGCUCAGCUGGAUGGUGGACACUGAGGAGCUUGUGGCCAAUCAGAAGCCACCAUCGGCCGAGUUCAAAGUGGUGAAGGCCCAGAUACAAGAGCAAAAGCUUCUCCAAAGAUUGUUGGAUGACCGCAAAUCUACUGUAGAGGUAAUCAAACGAGAAGGAGAAAAAAUUGCUGCCACAGCAGAACCUGCAGAUAAAGUAAAGAUUUUGAAACAACUGAGUCUCUUGGAUAGUAGAUGGGAGGCAUUGCUUAAUAAAGCUGAAACAAGGAAUCGUCAGCUGGAAGGUAUCUCGGUGGUAGCACAACAAUUUCAUGAAACCUUAGAACCACUGAAUGAGUGGCUUACAACCAUAGAAAAGAGGCUGGCGAAUUGUGAGCCCAUAGGAACCCAAGCGUCUAAACUGGAGGAGCAAAUUACACAGCACAAAGCCUUAGAAGAUGACAUCAUCAAUCACAAUAAACAUUUACACCAGGCUAUUAGCAUUGGCCAAUCCUUAAAGGUUUUGAGCUCCAGGGAGGAUAAAGAUAUGGUGCAGAAUAAAUUAGACUCCUCUCAAGUGUGGUACAUUGAGAUUCAAGAGAAGAGUCACAGCAGGUCUGAGCUCCUCCAGCAGGCCUUGUGUAAUGCUAAGAUUUUUGGGGAAGAUGAAGUGGAGCUGAUGAAUUGGCUGAAUGAAGUACAUGACAAACUGAGCAAGCUCUCAGUCCAGGAUUACAGCACUGAGGGUCUGUGGGAGCAGCAGUCUGAACUUCGGGUUCUGCAAGAGGACAUACUACUCAGAAAACAAAAUGUAGAUCAGGCAUUACUAAAUGGUUUAGAACUACUUAAACAAACAACAGGUGAUGAAGUUUUAAUAAUUCAAGAUAAAUUGGAAGCUAUUAAAGCAAGAUACAAAGACAUUACUAAAUUGAGCACGGAUGUAGCCAAGACCCUGGAACAGGCCCUGCAGCUUGCAAGCCGGCUGCACUGCGCACACGAGGAGCUCUGCACCUGGCUGGACAGAGUGGAGGUGGAAUUGCUUUCAUAUGAGACUCAGGCUCUGAAGGGAGAAGCUGCAAGCCGAGCGCAGGCGCGACAAAAAGAGCUGAAAAAGGAAGCUAAGAGCUGCAAAGCCUUACUGGAUUCCCUUAAUGAAGUGAGCAGUGCCUUACUGGAACUGGUGCCCUGGAGGGCGAGAGAGGGGCUUGAAAAAAUGGUGGCGGAGGACAAUGAGCGCUACCGAUUAGUGAGCGACACCCUCACGCAGAAGGUGGAGGAGAUCGAUGCUGCCAUUCUGAGAUCACAGCAGUUUGACCAAGCGGCCGAUGCCGAGAUAUCCUGGAUUACUGAAACAGAAAAGAAAUUGAUGUCUCUGGGUGACAUCAGGCUUGAGCAAGACCAGACGGCCGCUCAGCUGCAGGUUCAAAAGGCAUUUACCAUGGAAAUUUUGAGACACAAGGAUAUUAUUGAUGAACUUGUUAAAUCUGGGCAUAAAGUCAUGACCACGUGCAGUGAAGAAGAAAAGCAGUCAAUGAAGAAAAAACUGGACAAGAUAUUGAAGAACUAUGACUCCAUCUGCCAGAUAAACUCAGAGAGAUAUCUACAGCUGGAACGGGCACAGUCCCUGGUUAACCAGUUCUGGGAAACAUAUGAAGAACUUUGGCCAUGGCUGACGGAAACACAAAGAAUCAUCUCUCAGCUCCCUGCCCCAGCCCUUGAGUAUGAAACACUCAGACAACAACAGGAAGAACAUCGGCAACUGCGAGAGUUGAUAGCCGAACACAAGCCUCAUAUAGAUAAGAUGAACAAAACUGGGCCACAGUUACUGGAACUGAGCCCAGAGGAGGGCUUUUCUAUCCAAGAGAAGUAUGUGGCAGCUGACAACCUUUACAGUCAAAUUAAAGAAGAUGUCAAAAAGCGAGCUGUGGCCCUGGAUGAAGCCAUUUCUCAAUCUACUCAGUUCCAUGACAAGAUAGACCAGAUUCUGGAGAGCCUGGACCGCAUCGUGGAGCGCUUGAGGCAGCCGCCCUCCAUCUCUGCUGAGGUGGAGAAGAUCAAGGAGCAGAUCAGUGAAAACAAGAACGUGUCGGUGGACAUGGAGAAGCUGCAGCCAUUGUAUGAGACUCUUAAACAGCGGGGAGAGGAAAUGAUUGCUCGAUCUGGGGGCACUGAUAAAGACAUAUCUGCCAGAGCUGUUCAGGAUAAGCUUGACCAAAUGGUUUUCAUUUGGGAGAACAUACACACGCUGGUGGAAGAAAGGGAAGCCAAACUACUGGAUGUAAUGGAAUUAGCAGAAAAGUUCUGGUGUGAUCACAUGUCCUUGGUCGUGACCACAAAAGAUACUCAGGAUUUCAUCCGGGAUCUGGAGGAUCCUGGAAUUGAUCCCUCCAUAGUAAAACAGCAGCAAGAAGCAGCAGAGGCCAUCAGGGAAGAAAUUGAUGGGCUCCAGGAAGAGCUGGAUAUAGUGAUUAACCUGGGCUCCGAACUCAUCACCGCGUGUGGGGAACCCGAUAAACCCAUUGUCAAGAAGAGUAUAGAUGAGUUAAACUCAGCAUGGGAUUCUCUCAACAAAGCUUGGAAAGACCGGGUGGCCAGACUGGAGGAGGCGAUGCAGGCUGCCGUUCAGUACCAGGAUGGACUGCAGGCAAUAUUCGACUGGGUGGAUAUUGCAGGUGGUAAAUUAGCUGCAAUGUCUCCGAUCGGAACUGAUCUUGAAACUGUCAAGCAGCAGAUUGAAGAGCUGAAGCAAUUUAAGUCAGAGGCCUAUCAACAACAGAUAGAGAUGGAGAGACUGAACCAUCAAGCAGAGCUUUUGCUGAAGAAAGUAACAGAAGAAAGUGACAAACACACUGUUCAAGACCCAUUAAUGGAACUGAAAUUGAUAUGGGAUAGUCUGGAUGAAAGAAUUAUCAACAGACAGCAUAAGCUGGAGGGUGCCCUGUUAGCCUUGGGGCAGUUCCAACAUGCUCUGGACGAGCUACUGGCGUGGCUGACACACACCGAGGGCUUGCUAAAUGAACAGAAACCUGUGGGAGGAGACCCUAAAGCCAUUGAAAUCGAACUUGCCAAGCAUCACGUGCUCCAAAAUGAUGUAUUAGCUCAUCAGUCCACAGUGGAAGCUGUUAAUAAAGCAGGAAAUGAUCUAAUUGAAUCAAGUGCAGGAGAAGAAGCAAGCAGCCUUCAGAACAAACUAGAGGUUUUGAAUCAACGCUGGCAAAAUGUUUUGGAAAAAACAGGACAACGGAAGCAGCAGCUGGAUGGUGCCUUGCGCCAGGCCAAAGGGUUCCAUGGCGAAAUUGAGGAUUUGCAGCAGUGGCUGACCGACACGGAGCGCCAUCUGUUAGCAUCCAAACCCCUGGGAGGUUUACCAGAAACGGCCAGGGAGCAGCUGAAUGCCCACAUGGAAAUCUGUGCCGCCUUUGAUGUGAAAGAAGAAACAUAUAAGAGUCUGAUGCAGAAAGGCCAACAGCUGCUUGCAAGAUGCCCCGAAUCUGCAGAGACAAAUAUUGACCAAGACAUAAAUAACUUGAAAGAAAAAUGGGAAUCGGUGGAAACCAAACUCAAUGAAAGGAAAACUAAACUGGAAGAAGCCCUCAACUUGGCAAUGGAGUUCCACAAUUCUCUCCAGGACUUCAUCAACUGGCUCACCCAGGCUGAACAGACCCUAAAUGUUGCUUCUCGGCCAAGUCUUAUCUUGGACACAGUCUUGUUUCAAAUCGAUGAACACAAGGUCUUCGCCAAUGAAGUAAAUUCUCACCGUGAGCAGAUAAUAGAGCUGGAUAAAACUGGAACCCACCUGAAAUAUUUUAGCCAGAAGCAAGAUGUUGUCCUCAUUAAGAAUCUGCUCAUCAGUGUCCAGGGUCGAUGGGAAAAAGUGGUUCAACGGUUAGUAGAAAGAGGAAGAUCUUUGGAUGAAGCAAGGAAGAGGGCCAAGCAGUUCCAUGAAGCUUGGACUAAACUUAUGGAGUGGCUAGAGGAGUCGGAAAAGUCUUUGGAUUCUGAACUGGAAAUUGCCAACGAUCCAGACAAACUAAAGACACAACUCUCGCAGCAUAAGGAGUUUCAGAAAUCCCUUGGAGCCAAGCAUUCUGUGUACGACACCACCAAUAGGACUGGACGUUCUCUGAAGGAGAAAACCUCCCUGGCUGAUGACAACCUGAAACUGGAUGACAUGCUGAGUGAGCUCCGAGACAAGUGGGACACGAUCUGUGGAAAGUCCGUGGAAAGACAAAACAAAUUGGAGGAAGCGCUGCUAUUUUCCGGACAAUUCACAGAUGCCCUGCAGGCCCUCAUUGAUUGGUUAUAUAGAGUGGAGCCCCAGCUGGCAGAAGACCAGCCUGUCCAUGGAGACAUUGAUUUAGUGAUGAAUCUGAUCGAUAAUCACAAGGCCUUCCAAAAGGAACUGGGGAAGAGAACCAGCAGCGUGCAGGCCCUGAAGCGCUCGGCCCGGGAGCUCAUAGAAGGCAGCCGGGACGACUCCUCCUGGGUCCGGGUCCAGAUGCAGGAACUGAGCACACGCUGGGAGACCGUGUGCGCACUUUCUGUGUCAAAGCAAACUCGGUUAGAAGCAGCUCUGCGCCAGGCAGAGGAAUUCCAUUCGGUGGUGCAUGCCCUGCUGGAGUGGCUGGCUGAGGCGGAGCAAACCCUUCGUUUCCAUGGCGUUCUCCCAGAGGACGAGGAUGCUCUUCGGACUCUCAUUGAUCAGCAUAAAGAAUUCAUGAAGAAACUGGAGGAAAAACGAGCUGCCCUCAAUAAAGCGACCAGUAUGGGGGACGCCGUCCUGGCCAUCUGCCACCCCGACUCCAUCACCACCAUCAAGCACUGGAUAACCAUCAUCCGGGCCCGGUUUGAGGAGGUGCUGGCCUGGGCAAAGCAGCAUCAGCAGAGACUAGCAAGCGCUCUGGCUGGGCUCAUUGCCAAACAGGAGCUGCUGGAAGCUUUGCUGACUUGGCUGCAGUGGGCUGAAACCACGCUUAGUGAUAAGGACAAAGAAGCCAUCCCCCAGGAGAUUGAAGAGGUGAAGGCCCUCAUUGCAGAACACCAGACCUUCAUGGAGGAAAUGACCAGAAAACAGCCUGAUGUGGAUAAAGUUACCAAAACCUACAAGAGGAGAACAGCUGACCCUUCCUCGUUGCAGUCCCACAUUCCCGUCCUGGAUAAGGGACGAGCAGGAAGAAAACGCUUCCCAGCCUCCAGCUUAUAUCCCUCUGGGCCACAGACACAAAUUGAAACCAAGAAUCCCAGGGUCAACUUACUGGUGAGCAAAUGGCAGCAAGUCUGGCUCCUCGCAUUGGAAAGGAGGAGGAAGCUUAAUGACGCCUUGGACAGACUAGAGGAGCUGCGGGAAUUUGCUAACUUUGACUUUGAUAUCUGGCGCAAAAAGUACAUGCGAUGGAUGAACCACAAGAAAUCUCGGGUGAUGGACUUCUUCAGGAGAAUUGAUAAAGACCAGGAUGGGAAAAUAACCCGACAAGAAUUUAUUGAUGGCAUUCUUUCCUCAAAGUUCCCUACCAGCCGCCUGGAGAUGAGCGCAGUCGCAGACAUCUUCGACAGAGACGGUGAUGGCUACAUUGACUACUAUGAAUUUGUAGCCGCCCUUCACCCAAAUAAGGAUGCAUACAAACCUGUCACCGAUGCUGACAAAAUCGAAGAUGAGGUGACGAGGCAGGUAGCUAAGUGUAAAUGUGCAAAACGGUUUCAAGUUGAACAGAUUGGAGACAACAAAUACAGGUUCUUCCUGGGAAAUCAGUUUGGAGACUCCCAGCAACUGCGACUGGUCCGAAUCCUGCGAAGUACCGUGAUGGUUCGCGUUGGAGGCGGGUGGAUGGCACUGGAUGAGUUCUUGGUGAAAAACGAUCCUUGCAGGGCUAAAGGAAGGACGAACAUGGAACUUCGGGAGAAGUUCAUUUUAGCAGACGGUGCCAGUCAGGGUAUGGCUGCUUUCCGACCCCGUGGCCGAAGAUCACGGCCUUCAUCGCGUGGAGCUUCACCCAACCGAUCAACAUCUGUGUCCAGUCCGGCUGUCCAGGCGGCCUCCCCGCAGGUCCAUGCCACCAGCACACCCAAGAUCCUCCAUCCUUUAACACGCAAUUAUGGUAAACCAUGGUUGACAAACAGCAAAAUGUCAACUCCUUGUAAGCCAGCAGAGUGCUCAGACUUUUCCGUGCCAUCUGCAGAGGGAACACCAAUACAAGGAAGCAAGCUUCGACUUCCAGGAUAUUUAUCAGGGAAAGGCUUCCACUCUGGGGACGACAGUGGCUUGAUAACAACUGCAGCCGCCAGAGUCCGAACACAGUUUGCUGAUCCCAAGAAGACGCCCAGCCGACCGGGAAGCAGAGCGGGAAGCAAGGCUGGUAGCAGGGCCAGCAGCCGCCGAGGCAGUGAUGCGUCAGACUUUGACAUUUCAGAAAUCCAGUCCGUGUGCUCAGACGUGGAGACUGCCCCCCAAACAUACAGACCUUCGCCCCGAGCAAGCUCUCGGCCGUCCACAGCCAAGCCUUCUAAAAUCCCUACACCCCAGAGGAAGGCACCGGCCAGCAAAUUGGACAAAUCCUCAAAAAGAUAGUGCCGUUGGUUCCACCAAGGCCCUUCCUUAAGCAUUUAUUAUUUAAGUUUGAAAGAUGUAAAAUAUGAUGUAGAAAUUAUUGUGAAAUAUUGCAAGAGGUGAGUUUAAAAUUCUGCAGAUGGCCUUAUUUGUGUAUUUGUCUUUUUAUUUGUAUAAUUUUUUGUCAGAUACUCUGGGGUUAAAGUCACAUUCUAUGUGAGGGGAAGGUAGAGUGUAACAUGCACUAACAUUUCUGCACUGUAACGUCGGGAGCACACACUAAAAUCAGUUCCCGUACCUGCAGGUAAGUCCACAUCCUCUAAAGCCACAGCCCUGUAUGGGUAGCUGACGUUAAGGAUACCUCAUGACUUUUUCUCGCUUUUGUGGAAACUCCAAAAUGGGGAAAGACACACACAAGGGAAUAUGUCAAGAUGAUUUUAAUGUAAACUAAAAGCUGGAGGGCAGAAAGACAGACACAUCCACACCCAGUUCUGUGAGUUGUAUCUGCCAGAGAACUCCCAGGAAGUUACUCGGAAGCACCCACGAGAGCUAUGAUGGUCAGGACCCUUGCACCAUUUCUGUGCCAUUUCUUCACGUGAGGCCAGAGGUGUCCUGGACGGUAGACCUAUUAUACUGUAAGAAUAUCAUUAUAAAGUGCAUCCAUAUAACUGUGAGGUUUUCUUUUGCUUGAGUGGACAGUAGCACUUGUAUCAUUGAACUCAUUUUGUAUUAAAGCAAUUUUUGCUUGCAGAAAGCUAUGAAAUAAAACAUGUCCCUUAACCACAUUGCUAUGGAAUUAAUUUUUUUUUCCCCCCAGGGAAAAAUCCGUGUAUUUUUUUAUGAGCAAUAUCAAUUUGGAGUGACCAAAAGAUACUUAAAAAUGGGUUUAUUUUGAUUUCUCAUCUGAAAUAAUCAUGUUCUGGUAUUAUAUCUAUAUUUAAUAAAUAUAUACAUUUUAACUUAUUAUGUAUACUCACUAUAGAAAGAUAUUAGUAUGCAUUUAAUAAAACAUAUUCACUUGAACAUA